AUGUUUAUAUAUAAAUUGAAAAUAAAAUAAUCAAUAUAUAAAAAUUUAAAAUAGUAUAAAAUCGGAAAGGGAAACAAUUCUGAAUUAGUAUUAAAUGUAAUGAAAACAAGAAAAAACUGGUCUUAAUAAUAAUAAGCAGGAUAAGAAUGUAAAUUUAUAUGGCAAAGUGUUAGUUCAUAAAUUAAAUUUUAACAAAUUAAUAAUACUUUUGUAAAUCAUUUCGAAUUUCAUAAAUAAAUUACAACAAAAAAUAACUUAAUAAAAAAUUUAGAAAGUUUUGCAAAAUUUAAUUCUUUAUAUAUAUAUGAUAUAACCCCUUUAACAUAUUGCAUAAAUCCAGAAAGUUCUUAAUUUUAAUAAGUUUUUGAAGAAUUUUUAAAUUUGUAUUAAUCCAAAUCAACAUUUCCUUUUUCACAAAAACACGAAAGUUCAUAAAAAAUAGGAUAUUGCUAACCAAAAUAUCCAUAAAGCUUAUUUUCAGGAAAAAAUGUUUGGAUUAUAAAACCUGCAGAUUUCAAUAGAGGAUGCGGAAUUAAGCUUUUUAGUAGUUUGAAAUAACUCAUAAAUAUUCUUUUAGCAGAUAAUAAGAAAUACUUGGAAAGAUAGUUCAUUAUAUAAAAAUAUAUAGAAUAGCCUUUGCUUAUAAAUGAAAGAAAAUUCGAUUUAAGAAUAUGGGUGAUGUUAACUGAUAUUAGAAAAAAAGAAGACAGAAAUAAUUUUUAAUUAUAUAUUUUUAAAGAAGGUUAUAUUAGAACUUCGAGUGAAAAAUUUGAUAUUUCGAGCGAAAAAUUGAAUGAUUUAAUUAUUCAUUUAACCAAUAAUGCCAUAUAAAAAACAGAUUAAAGAUAUUAAAAAUUUGAAUAAGGAAAUUAACUUUCUUAUGAUUAGUUAGAUUAAAAUCUUAAAAUUAAUUUUAGAUAAAAUAUUAUGCCGAAAAUUAAAGAGAUCAUCUCAUUUACUAUCGAUAGUGUAAAAAAUAAGAUUAAUUUUAAUAAUAGGAUUAAUUCCUUUGAGAUUUUCGGUUAUGAUUUUGUUAUUGAUAAAUACUUUAAUCCAUGGCUUAUUGAAAUUAAUACAAAUCCUUGUAUUGAAGAAUCUAGUUCGCUUUUAAAAUAAUUAAUUCCUAGAAUGUUGGAUGAUGCUUUUAAAAUUGCCAUAGAUCCCUAUUUUUGUGGAAAAAAAUUAGAAGAUGGCAAACAAUAUUUUAAAGUUAAGAAAUAUAAAGAUGAUGAAAAUAUGUGGUAUUUUUUUAUUAAUUAUUAUUUCUUUAUUAAAAAAAUUAAAAUUAAAAGGGAAUUGUAAUAGAAUUUAAUAACAUAUCCUUUGUUAAAAUAUAAAAAAUAAAAUAAUUUUUGA